GGGCAGAGCGGGAUGGGCGGGAGCUCGAAAGGGAAACAUUAACGGACCUUUCGGGGAACUGGUGGGGGGCCCAACUGGGAGCACUGGUGUGGACUGGGUGUCGAUCAUUCCCUGGGAGCCACACAGGUUGCCCUACACUGGUCUGUACUGGUCCCGCCAUGGCUCUGCCGUCCGCUGGUCUCCUGCCCGGGCUUCUGCUGGUGGCCGAUGCCCUGGCACUGGUGUUACUGGUGCCGCUGGUGCCGGUGCUGGCGCCGCUGGGCGUGGCGGGCGUGUGGCUGGAGGCCGCCCUUCGCCUUCCAGUCCUGGCCGUGGCCACCUGGCUACUGCCCCGGCGCCGUCCCUCCGGGGCCACCGCGGCCGCUGUCACCGUUGCUGCCACCCCCGCGGCUUUCGGAACGUUCCGGCACCUCCUGGGGCCUCCCGGGGCUGGGCCGGGGCUGCUGGCGGCCGCCUCGCCCUCCUGGCUCGGGGUCGCCCACGCAGCUGCCGCACUGGCCCUGCUGGCCUGGGCCUCGCCCCCAGCCCCCGACGGCGUCCCUGAGACCCCCGAGGCUCCUGGCACCAUCCGGCGCGUUCUGGCACUGACCUGGGAGGAGCGGAAGAUCCUUGGAGCUGCCUUCCUCUGCCUCGUGCUGGCGGCUGUUGGGGAGACGUCGGGACCGUACGUCACUGGGAAGGUGCUGGAUGCCAUCGGGAAUGGGGAUGGACUCACCACAGGAGCCAUAGGGAUAGUGGUGGCUGCUGGAGCCACCAGAGUGCUGUUUUCUGGGUGCCGUGGGGGGUUCUUCAUGCUCUUGAAAGCACGUCUUCAUCGGAACCUGAGUCUCCGGCUCUUCUCCCACCUGGUACACCAAGACCUGGACUUCUUCCAGGGAGUGCCAGCAGCUGAGCUCUUGGCUCAGUUUUCCAUGGAAGUGCCACGGGUGUGCAUGGCAACACCGAGUGGAGCCAACCAGCUGUUCCGAAGCCUGGGAAUGGCCCUGGUGGUGGGGGCAUUCAUGGUGGGGCUGGCACCGGGGCUGGCGCUGUUGGCUUUGCUGGAGCUGCCCCUUGGGAUCGCCACCCACCGCAUCCAGAGUGCCCGGAAACAGAGACUUCAGCAAUUCAUGCUGGAAGCAUCCGCCCGGACAGCCUCAGGGGUGCAGGAAUCUGUUGCUGCCAUGGAGACCAUCCGUAUCUUUUCGGCAGAGGAGGAGGAGGAGAAGCAGCACAGCCAGAACCUGGCCAAGGAGCUGAGGCUGAAGGAGCGGAUAGAGCUGGAGCUGGCAUUCUUCACUCUUGUCCAUAGGAUGCUCGAGCUGGCCAUCCGGGUCCUGGUGCUCUUCCGGAGCCACCAGCUGCUCCGCGAUGGAUACAUCACUCCUGGUGUCCUUGUCACCUUCCUGCUGUACCAGGACACAGUUGGCAGCCAUGUCCAGGUGCUGCUCUAUGGCUUCAAUCAAUUCCUGACCAAUGCGGCUGCCGGACGGAAGAUCUGGGAAUACCUGGAUCGGAAACCCACAGGGGAUGUCAGGGGGACUCGGGAGCCCCCUGAGCUGCAGGGUCACGUCACUUUUCAGAAGGUGUCCUUCACAUAUCCUGGGAACCCAGAGCACCCUGUGCUGCAGGAUGUAACCUUUGAGCUGCGCUCUGGGGAGGUGACAGCGCUGACGGGGCCCAACGGAAGCGGGAAGAGCACGGCCGUGGCACUGCUGGAGCGGCUGCGGGAUCCUGGGAGUGGGAGGGUGCUCCUGGAUGGGAUCCCGCUGCCAGAAUAUGAACACCAGUACCUGCACCGGAAGGUGGUGCUGGUGGAGCAGGAUCCCGUCCUGUUUUCUGGAACCAUACGUGAAAACAUCACCCUGGGGCUGGAGCACUGCAAAGAGUCAGAGCUUCAGGAGGCUGCCACUGCUGCUGGAGCCAUGGACUUCAUCCAGGGGCUGGAGCAGGGCUGGGACACCGAGGUGGGGGAGCACGGGGGGCGGCUGGCAGCAGGGGAGCGGCGCUGUGUGGCCCUGGCCCGGGCUCUGCUCCGGCGUCCAGCCGUCCUCAUCCUCGACGAGGCUCUGGAUGAUGGAGACGAGGGGGCGGCACAGCGCUGGUUGCGCACUGGGCUGGCCCGGACUGUGCUGGUCGUGUCCCACCGGCCACGGGUGCUGGAGGCGGCCGAUCGCCUCGUGGUGUUGGAGCGCGGGGCCGUGGUGGAGACGGGAACGCCAGCAGAGCUGCGGGAACGUCGCGGGACCUACAGCCGCCUGGUCCAUGGAGGAGACUGGGCUGGGGGGCCUGAGGUCCCUAGUACGGGCAGCAGAAAGGGGGCUGCAUCUGGCAGGGAAUAAAGGGAAAUUAGCCCCAUUCCUGGAGUUUGUGCCCCUGAGCAGCUCCUGAUGUCCUCAGUCACGGUGUCCUAUGAAUCCCUUAUCCCCAUGUCCUCUGGAUCCAAAUUCCGUGUCGCCUUGGUCACUGUAUUCCCCCAUGUCUCCACUGUGUCCCCCAGGUACCCCCAUUCCCUGGAUCUCUGUGUCCUCUGGAUCCCCACUCCCCAUGUCCGCUGUAUCCUUCCUUGUAUCCCCCAUGCACAGACCACCUGUAUACAAGCACCACCAUUUCCCCGUGAUCCCUGGUCCCCAUGUCCCCUGUCUGCUCCUGGACAUGGGACACAGAGUGGGAAGUAAAUCCCAAGGGACGGAUCUGGGUGUGGGUGUCAGGUCCUUGCCCCACUCCUGCUGUGCCCAGUCCAAGCUCCUGGUGUCCCCAGUCCUUUCCCAGUGUCCCCAUCCCUAUCCCCAGUGUCUUCAUCCCAGUUCCCUAUGUCCCCUUUUCCAUUCCUGGUUCCCAGAGAGGAACUGCUGGGCACUGGAGAAGGGAACUUGGAUUUAUUGCCCAAGCCAGGUUAUUUUCACUCCAGAAUUAAAACAUUUGGAAUAAUUGUGAUUCU